AUGUGGGGUUUAAAGAGUAUAUCCACCGUGGGAGUAAGGACUUACAGCAGUCAAGUCACACAUGAUUUUUUGAACAGUAUCUUAGCCAGAGCUCAGGAAGCUACAGCUAAGAACAAAGAAGUUGUACAGGCCAACCAUGCAAGAGCUCCUCUUAGGAACAGAACUAGGCAACAGGAUGGCGGUCAACAAAGACCAGCAAACAAAAUAAGGCAAAGAAAUGGUAAGGUGCAAGCAAAAUUUCAGGUUAGAGACGAAAACAGCAAUAGAGCUAUUCCUGACUUAAAAACUAAACAACCGCAAUUCAAAAGAGCUCAACGCAAUAACAGGGAUGGACAAGCGGACGUACUUGACGUCAUGGAUGCUGGCACAGGUAAGACAAACAGAGCAAGUAUGUCGGCAAAAAGAUCCAACAAGUUUACAAAAAGAGGCAAGGGGUCGCAUGUUAUUGAAGCAGUAAGUCUGUCAAAGAAACCGACUUCUGCAAGGGAGAUUGCACUUAAGAAGUCUGUCGAUAGUGUCUCGUAUGAGCCUGUAGAACCUACACCGCUGUCUUUGUUGGCGUACUCAACUCCAAUUUUUAACACUCAUAAGAGCAACAUUCUGCAAAUUUCCAUGCAGACUAUCAAAAAUGCUGCUUCUCCAAAAAACACGCCAUCAGGCUUUGAUGCUAUCCACUCUGGUAUAAUGAAUAAAGAAAGGCUGCUAAAUAGCUCACAGUUGGAUGUUGAUGUCGAUAGAUUGAAACAGAUUGCUAGAGGUCAAUAUUUUAGUCUUCCAGUGUUACAAAAUAAAGCUUUCGACUCUUUGACAAAGUCAGAGGAUAAGAAGAAGCAACUAGUUGAGAAUAGUAACGUAGUCAGGAGGUCCUUGGAUUCCUUAGAUAUUGAACCUGAGAAAAAAGAAAUUUUGUAUGCCGUCUGCUCUGGGACUCAACCAGUAUCUGAAGUAUCACAACUUUCACAAUAA